AUGCUCCAUUUUAAUUCCAGCUAUUUCUUUCCACCAUCUAGCCAAUCUAACUAUAAUUACAACGUUAACAUCAAGUACGAGUAUGAUUUGAAAAAUGAAGAGGAUUCGAAUGAUUCACCGCCUGGCCAACCACCCUGUUCCACGCCUUCCGAAUAUUCGCAAACUCAUGCCUCGCAACCUGUUGAAACUAGCUUCUCCUCUGCUAGUUUCGUCCCUUCCUACAGCGGAAUGGAGAUUAGGUCUCCCAAAAUUGAAAAGGACUGCUUUUUUAAUGGCUAUAGCAACGGCGACUGUGAGGUUGAGGAAGAACCGACGUGUUUGCCAAAGAACGGUUCACCGAUGGCUAACGGUCACGACAGUAUGAAUGGGGAGGAAGAGGACGACGGAGAAGAGUUGAAUACCAAGCUUCGAUAUAUAAUCUUUCAGGACUUGGCGCAAAGAAUAUCCGCUGAAUUGAAACGAUACUCAAUACCCCAAGCAAUAUUCGCACAGAAAAUCCUCUGCAGGUCACAAGGAACGCUGUCGGACUUAUUGCGUAAUCCAAAGCCAUGGUCAAAGUUGAAGAGCGGCCGAGAAACGUUUCGACGGAUGGCGAAAUGGCUGCAAGAACCCGAAUUUAAACGAAUGUCCGAUUUGAGAAUGGCAGGUCUGUUAGACACGAAAUCACUGCUUUCUACCCCC